CCCCACUUUCAUUUACAUCUAGUGAUUAUAUAAAGUGUUUCGGAGUUUCCGUGUUAACAGUGGCCUUAAAAGCUGGACACGGAAGGCUUUAUUUUCACAGAAUAAGUUGAUAUGUCUCCCGGCAACAGUUCCGAACAGACUGUAUCAUUAGAGAUGAGUCCAAAUGACAAAGACAGUCUGACUGGUACCAACGAAAUGGUUGUCACUUCAGCUGCUAGACCAAUGAACGAUUCUCAAGACAGAACAGAUUUCAAUGAUGUUGUAACCAUGUACAAUGGCGACACAGGUGGCACUAGCAACAACAAUCCUUCUGGGAGUGUUUUCACUGACAGACAAAACAUCGUUCAAGGGUUCUGCGACGCAUCACUAAUGGCGGCAAAUGUGUCUCAGCUACGCGCGGUAUUGGACGGGGACCCGGCAUACAGAUUCUUCACCCCUCUACUGGUCUUGAUUGGACUGUCUUUGAUCUUACACAUAGGGUUUGGUUUUAUAAUGAUUCAAAGGUGGCGAAAAGCAAGAAAAGCCCACUUGGAACAUGUGAAGAAAGCCAAAGAGUCGGACUCGCAGGGGCAGGGGCCCAAUACGAUAGCAAGCGACCCCCGAGGGAUCGUCUGUGCCUGCGAAUGGUGUGCGACUGUUGAGUGGUACGAUGAGAUCAGUAUAUUCAUUGUGUUUUUUGUUAUUGUUUUGAAUGUUGUGAUCGCAGUACUAGGGUUAAGGGACAGCAAGUAGUUUUUGGAAAAGCAACUACAUGUAUAGAAAUACUCAUAAAUUAAUAAAAAUGAUAAUUAUGACCAUAAUAAUAAUUAUGAUAAUAAAUUAACCAAAAAUGAAAAAUAACAUAGACAAACGUAAUUGUGUGUCAAAGUCGCGUUAUACCUGUGAAUAACACACAUGUACAAUUGUAAAAUAAAAGUCAAUUACUAGUUAAUUAGAAACUGUCUCAAAAAUUGUCAUUUAAGAUUAGGGAGACUGAAUAACUUACAGUUUAUUAAUUUUAAAAAAAAAAAAUUGCCAUGAUUUUGUGCAAAAUUAACAAAACACUUACAAUUAUAUAACAUAAAUACUAUAAAAUACAAAUACAAACUAUACAUAUGGAAAAUAAAAAGAGAAAUUAUGCAAUACAAUAAAACAUUUUUACAUUUCAGAUAGUAAAAACAGGCACCUGGUGUUAUAUAUAUAUCUUUUUUUCUCAUAUUAUAUCUCUUUACAUAAUUCUAAUCUUUUCCUAUUUUCUUUAUAAUAGGAAAAGAAAAAGAUUAGAACGAUGUAAGGGGGGAAUCUCUUUAUACAUGUUUGUAUUUUGUUUUAUACAAUUGUGAAUGAAAAAAAAAAUAAAGAUUA